UCGACUCGAGGGGGUUAUUUCAAGCGCCCCGUUUUCUCUCUGCCAGACACAUAAUCCCCACCAUCCGAAGAGCCGUCCUGUAGUCUCGGAUUCCCAGGCGGUUGAACUUUUCCCUCGCCUCUUAGGAAGAUGCGACUGUUAGAUAUAAGCGCCGUUCUUAACAGGGAAAGGGACAUCCAAGGAGCCGACCCCGAAAUCGAAGUCCUGAAGGAACUUGAUGAUAAGAGGACAAGUUAUGCUAUACUUUCACAUCGUUGGGGAACUGAGGUCACUUACAAGGAGAUGACCGGGCUCGUUACAAUGAACGCACGAAGAAGGGAAAAUGUCAGGGAGCGCGAUGGCUACCAGAAGAUCAUUAGGAGCUGCGAACAGGCGCAGAACGACGGUUAUAGGUGGUUGUGGAUCGAUACAUGUUGCAUCGACAAGCGGAGCAGUGCGGAACUCUCGGAGGCAAUCAACUCGAUGUACCGGUGGUACCGCAACUCGCAGAAGUGCUACAUCUACCUCAACGAUGUCGAUGAGUUAGCCUUUCCUACUGAACAAGACUUCGGGAAGUUUGGGAGGACCAAUGGUUGGCCGGAGUGGUUUUCGCGAGGCUGGACACUCCAGGAGCUUAUCGCUCCGAGGACAUCCGAGUUCUUUAACAAGAGAUGGGUGUCCAUAGGCACCAAAGAGGACGUGACAUCCACCUUGGAGCAGAUCACAGGAAUUCCAUGCGAUGUUCUGAGGUUUGGCCUGGACCCGCGGCAUCGACCCAAUGUUGCCCAAAUGAUGUCUUGGGCCGCUCACCGGAAGACGACGCGAGUGGAAGAUCGAGCGUAUUCGCUGUUGGGCUUGUUCGGCGUGAACAUGCCGAUGUUGUAUGGAGAGGGCUCGAAAGCUUUCCAGCGUUUGCAGCUGGAAAUAAUGCGAGUAACAAGUGAUCACAGUAUAUUUGCGUGGAAUCGAAAGGGACGGUUCGGGUGGUACAGAAGUGUCCUUGCAGAUGACCCGAGCUGUUUUCGGGGACGUCAGGACAUGAAAAGACUGGAACCCCCGGAGUUCGUCGAUGAACUAAAGGAGUACAUGCGUAAAAGCGGACUCGACGUUGACGCAGACCACGACAACCUGGAACCAUUGCAGCGCGGUGCACACUCUCGUCGACUUUAUAGAUUUGAUGUCACCAAUCUCGGCAUCCAAGUCUGGUUGCCAGUCAUACCCGAUCGCCGCGGCCCUCAUCACUUCAAAGCCAUAUUGCCAUGUCUCGACCGUCAUGGAAACCUCAUCACCAUCGAGCUGGAAUCUCGCGGACUUAGCUCUGCCAGGUGUUUGAACCGUGCAUGGAUUCCCGACACUUGGCCAGAGUUUACACUACUUUAUCUCGACUGCUUUCAAGACGUCGAGGAGCAGCACUGGGAUCUUAUGCUCUAUGACAGGCACGCCUUGUGGCAUGGUUUCACCCGCUGUGGCACCUUCCCGGAGAAGAUCGCAGGCGAUACAGUCACAUUUUCAUCCCAAGGAGACACUCUCAUCGUUCUAGUCUAUGCCAAUGACAAUGCCAGAUCUCGCUUUGCAGUUGGAUUGGGAUACUACCUUGGUAGAUUACGGGCGCGCAUCGUCUGUGAUCGAUACUCUGCAGAUCAACGGGUCUGGUCAUCGUGGGCAAGCUUUGCUAACCAUGUAUAUGAUUUCCUGUGGAAUACAACUGUCGACGGCUCCUAUUUUCGCAGCUCUUCCAUCGCUAUUAAGGACGCUCACCUUCCUCGAUCCAUUUGGGAUGCAAGGGUUGUCUGUCGUACCAGCAAUAGUGGUUCCACAGACGUGAUGAUUGAUGUCGAGCCAUGCCCUGGUUGUCGUACCGGGCCACUUAAAUACAUGCCUUUGGACUGUGAACUAUGGCUCCCGUGGAGACGAGAUACUCCGGAUAGGUUUAGAUUAAGAUUGGAUGACGAGCUUGCUUGGUUUGACAAGUGUUCUGGUCCGGAGAUUUUGGUGAGUUGUGACAGUUAUGUGUGGGCUGGUAGCGAGCCUGACACAAAUAGCUGGGCGAUUAUGGCGACUCACCCAAACAUUACAAUUUCAAACGUCGCGGGAACAUAUUCGAAGAUUUGCAGAAACUUGGUAUCGAUCCCACGAAUUCGGUUUGUCGGCCAGUUGUCUCUCGUGUAUCCAGCUGCAAAGAUAUGGUUCGUCGCAUGCGGGCUCAGCACGAUGUUGCUGUGGCAUCUACAGGUCAGGAUAAAAGCUGGGUGCUGCAUCAACCAAGGGGUCACUCGCUUCCGAAUAAUGAAGAAUUCGAGCUACUGCUGAAAGCCUUGUCCACCAAUCUUGCAGGCAACCAUCUCGUGACAACAGUGAUACAGUGUUCAGAGUUCUAUGAAGUGGAUCGUGAAGGCAGGCGAAUAGACGUGGGAGGUUCAUCAGAUAUUCGGUCCGCAAACCCAGACGCCUUCGGUGCCCUGUGCACAAUUGCAAUUCCACUAGCUUGGCAUAAAGAACCGGCUUGUAAACGGAGAAAGGAACAAUUCCGGAAUAUUA